AUGGACAGAGAACCUCCUCUCCUGGUAAGAGCCAGUCGCCCAGUUUUCACUCUGACAGGCAUCCCAGGGAUGUCAGACAAGAACUCAUGGAUGGCCUUUCCCCUGGGAUUUCUCUACACACUAACCCUCCGGGGAAAUGGCAGCAUCCUAGCAGUUGUCAAGGUAGAGCAGAGCCUCCAUGAGCCUAUGUACUACUUCCUCUGCAUCUUGGCUUUGACUGAUGUUAGUCUCUCCAUGUCUACCUUGCCCUCUAUGCUCAGCGUCUUCUGGUUCAAUGCUCCUGAGAUUCCCUUUGAUGCAUGUGUGGCACAGAUGUUCUUCAUCCAUGUGUUUGGGUUAGUAGAUUCUGGAGUAUUAUUAUCCAUGGCCUUUGACAGAUUUGUGGCUAUCCGAGACCCACUGCAUUAUGCUUCCAUCCUCACUCAUGGUGUUAUUGGAAAGAUUGGACUAGUUGUCUUUGCCCGGGCAGUCUGUGUGGUCUUCCCUGUGCCCUUUCUUAUAAAGCGGCUGCCCUUCUGUCAUCCCAAUGUCUUAUCUCAUUCAUACUGUCUUCACCAAGAUAUGAUGCGCCUAGCCUGUGCCAGCACCCGUGUCAACAGUCUCUAUGGCCUCAUUGUUGUGAUCCUCACAUUAGGGCUUGAUGCUCUCAUCAUUCUCUUCUCUUACAUACUCAUCCUGAAGACAGUGCUGGGCAUUGCCUCCAGAGCUGAGAGACUCAAAGCCCUCAACACCUGCCUCUCCCACAUCUGUGCUGUACUUCUUUUUUAUAUUCCUUUCAUUGGUGCCACCAUGGUCCACAGAUUUGGGAAACAUUUAUCACCAAUUGUGCACAUGCUUAUGGCCAAUAUCAACCUUCUCCUCCCCCCUGUGCUAAACCCUAUUGUGUACAGUGUAAAGAACAAACAGAUAAGAGGUCGAGUCAUGAGAAUGUUCCAGGGGAGAAAGAGCAGAGCCUAG